GGCCGGGAUGGGCGUUCCGCGAGUUAGUAGCACCGCGUCAGCCGAGCUCGAGCUCGGUCGUGCAAGGCGGCCGCACCUGUUGAUCCUCGACGAUUCACGUGAAGCGCGCCUCACUGAAGAAAAUUGGAAGCCCGAAGGCAUAGAAACGCAAUCUGGUGGAGUGCUGGGCAGUUCGUUGGAUUACGCUGCAGCUUUGAUGCUGGCUGCUAUGGCGGCCGUGCUACUCGCCGCUGUGGGAUACCAGUGUGCUGCUACAUGGAGGUGGCUGAUGGGCAGUUGUUACAGGAGCCGACGCAAUUCUCAGGACAGCAAUUGUGAUUCCCUCUCCCGACAGGCGGCGAUACGAAUUAGUCACUCUCUCCCCGACCUACAAACAGAGCCCUUGAAAGAGGAGUAUGUUCAGGAACACAAGGAUACGGCUAAAAAAGUUCUAAGACAGACGACUCUGCCAAUAGUCCCCGACCGCCACCAGACAUUUCAAAGGCAGCUAUCCCACCGAUUGGAUCUACCUUCUAUACAGUUCAGCAUAUGCAGUCUGGAGCGAGCUGACUCUUCUAUUGGACUUAUAAAACCGGAAUUGUACAAGAAUGAACUGGUUCGCCAAUCAUCAACAGACAGUGCUGAACUGGAAUUCUGUGGUAAACUGCACUUCGCGCUGAAGUACGAUCAAGAGGUGGAAGCGCUGGUUGUCAAGAUAUUCGAGGCCCGUGACCUGCCUAUUAAGGAUGUAACCGGAAGUAGCGACCCGUACAUAAAAGUCUUCCUUCUGCCAGACCGGAAAAAGAAAUUCCAGACUAAAGUCCACCGGAAGAACCUCAACCCUGUCUUUAACGAGACGUUUUUGUUCAGUGUCCCCUACGAAGACCUUCGACAACGCUACCUACAAUUCUCCGUGUAUGACUUCGACCGGUUCAGCCGACACGACCUCAUCGGUCAUGUGGUGCUGAAAGGUCUACUCGAGUCUGCAGACCUGACCCAAGAGAUUGAGUACACUAUGAACAUCUUGGCUCCACCACAGGAGAAAAAGGACCUUGGCGAGCUCAUGCUGUCUCUCUGCUAUUUACCUACUGCGGGCCGACUGACCGUCACUGUUAUCAAAGGAAGGAAUCUUAAAGCCAUGGACAUUAAUGGAUCUUCUGACCCCUAUGUGAAAAUCUGCCUCAUCUGUCAAGGGAAACGAAUAAAGAAAAAGAAAACUACCGUCAAAAAGAACACACUAAACCCAGUGUACAACGAGGCGCUUGUUUUUGAUCUACCCGCAGAAAAUGUGUACGACGUUACACUGCUCAUAAAAGUCAUUGAUUAUGAUUUAAUCGGACAAAACGAAUUAAUCGGCUGCACAGCAAUUGGUUCCAAUAUGAUCGGCAUUGGUCGUGAUCACUGGUUGGAGAUGUUGGAUAACGCUCGGAAACCAGUCGCACAGUGGUACCCAUUAAACAAAAGCCUCCCGACCAACGUCCCAGUCUCGACCAAGGACCAUAAGGACCAGAAUGCCGCUUUGAACUGUUUAAAUGUAAGAUGAAGAGACUCCCAAACAAAUGAUCGCCAGGUAUGUCAAACGAAAUCAGGUAAUCUCGCGAUGCCAAAAGAUUUGUGUAAUUAGUGGUCUUAACGGUUGUAUGUCCAUUUACUGUAGAGAUUCUAGUGAUAUUCUUGUAACGAGAUAAAAAUGAUUAAUUUUAUUGAUAUAUAAAUUGGACGUAGAUGGAGUACUAAAGGAUGCGAUCCGUGUAGACAAAUUGUUUCGCAUACCAGCGAUAACAUGCUCACUAUUAAGAGGCGAAAGUUCUAUCUUUCGUCACUUUUUUUCGUGUCCUAUAGGGUCGUAAAACAAACAAAUGGUUUUGUUGUAACUUCGUUAUUUCGCUAUAGUAAAAGUAAUUAAUUGUAUGUGUAUUAUAAAAGGAAAUGGUAUGUAUAUACGUGUCAAUACGGAUGUUAAGAGACCAAUGUAAGCUUUUUCAAAACCGAAUCUCAUGGUAUUUAAUUAACGUGAAUGUGAUGAUUAUGGUGACGAAGUUUUAUUCUUAUAUACUCCUCAAUAUUAUCUUAUAAAUUUGCUGUCUAUAAGGUUAUUUAAUACACAUCAAAUUUAAAUAUAUAUUACUAUAAACAAGAAAACACAAGAUUUUUUGAACUCGUUUAACUUGUGAUACAGAGUUUAAUUCCGUAAAUUAUUAAACCUUAAUAAUUAUACGCAAUACGCAAUGAUUAUUACAAUUUUAUAAAGGUCUUUUGGGAAUAGUAAAUUUUAGCCCACAGACAAGAAAGCUAUUAGUUAUAAUAUUUUUUCGUUUGUUUUCCGUAUACUGUUGUUUUCUUGGCCAGCACCAAAAUUUAAAAAAGUCCACUGAUUUUUAAACUUGAAAACUCCAUCCUUGCUUGCUUAUAACCGCUUUCUUGUGGUGUAAGAAUAAUAAUAGUCAUUUUUAUCUCGAAACCCUAUGAGUAGAUGUAAUGUUAUUGUAGACAGAGUUUCCAUUAGAUUUCUUUGAAAUAUACCCAAUAUUUUGAUGUACGUAGCUAUGUGUUAGAUAUAUUAUCAUUGUCGUCCCUAUUUCUUUACUUCCUGUCUUAAAAAUUGGGUUAGUUAACAUUAACUUAAGAUUUAUUGACACAUACAUAUCUAUAACAUUAGAAAGGGAUUUGUGACAAAGAUUUUUAGUUCACGUGAACAAGAUGGCGCGGGUCCACAGACUAUAAAACCAUAGAUUAAAAAUUCUACUCCACAGUAUAUUUUUCGAUUAACUCAACACUAAGUGAUAGAACUUGUUGCAUUACCUGUAGCACGUGGCUAACUAACCCAAUUGUUAAGAUUACUUAACCAUAUCUACCAUUUUCUAUAUUUAUAAACUUUGUAAACUAUGUACAAACGCACAUUUCAAAUGAAGACUAUGCAUUAGCUAUAAUCAUUGUUGUCUAUCAAAUGUUAUAUGUCUAUUCAUAUCAAAUGUAUAAUAAAAAUUAAUAUAAUUGUAUUAUAUUUUAGACAGAGUACGGGUUCUACCCGAAUGUCAAAUCUAAUACUUUCUUGUAACACACUUACCAAAAUCUUGACUGUAAAUCUUACCCUAAGAUUUCAUAGAGAAGAGAGAAUCACUAUUGUAUCGUUUCCUUGAUGUUUUAUCUACUGCUAUACAUUGCCACAGAAUAAAGCUUAUUUUAAAUUUAAUAACAUAUUAAACUAAACUGUUGAAUGAAGGGCCAUGCCCCUCAUAUAAAUAUAUUAAUCGUAUAUAUCCUCGUAUACAUAUAGGCAUAUUGUUACUCUUACAGAUGUUUUAAUUAGCAAAGGAUUUUUUUAAAACGUGUUUCAAUAAAAAACAUUUUUUUGGAUUAAAUGCGUUCAAUUGUUCAAUUAUUUGAAUGUUAUUGAGGGACUCAUAGAUUAUAUCAUGACUUACUUUGUAAUCAGUCUCCAGUAACGCAUAUGGCAAAUUGUAAUUGGUAGCGAAAUUUUGAAUUGAGUUUUUGUGUAUUUCAUCGCAUUGUUAUUCAUUUAUAUGCGAGGAGUGGGGCCUCUGUUAACUAAAGGUCGCGCAACGUCCUGUCUAACAAGGCAGUGCACUUGCGUAUAUCUCCCGUGACCAAGCCACAAGGCACAUCGUGGCUUUUUAAAUUUAUAUACGCGAUAUAACUUUUAUCAUUGAUACUUAUCCAUCUCUCGCUUUACAAGAAUGUUUUAGUGGCAUUUAUGAAUAUGUAUAAAGCAGCGACGCAAUGUAAUGCGCAAUUUUUCUAAUUGAUAAAGCACAUUUAAUUUAGAUUAUGCUAAUAUGAAUGUUUAACAUUCUCUCAUGUCUGACAAUAAGUAGAUGUUUGCGAAAUAGAUUUCAUUUGUUACAUUAGCUGCGCCGUUCAAAA